AUGUACCGCCUGUGCCGCCGGUCCCCGCUGCUGUCCCCUCUGUCCCCGCUGCUGUCCUCGCCGCUGUCCCCGCCGCGCUGCCCCGCCCGGGCCGCGCUCCCGCCGGGGCCGGGCCCGCUCCGCGCCAGCGCCAAGAAUGCAGCUGAACCCCUCAAAAAGACAGACACUGAUCACAGUGCUGAAAACAAGAAACUCAACAAAUCCCAGCAGCUGAAGCAAAUUUUUAAAGAAUAUGGUGCUGUAGGGGUUUCCUUCCAUGUUGGAAUUUCCUUAGUAUCUCUGGGAAUCUUCUACCUGGCUGUGUCAAGCGGCGUGGACAUGAGCGCGGUUCUGUUGAGGCUGGGUUUCAGCGAGGCCUCUCUGCAGUCCAGGAUGGCAGCAGGCACCAGCACCUUCGUGCUGGCCUAUGCUGUGCACAAGCUCUUCGCCCCCGUGCGCAUCAGCAUCACCGUGGUGGCCGUGCCCUUCCUCGUGCGCUACUGCCGCAAGGUCGGCUUCUUCAAACCCCCGGCCUCCAGCCCCUGAGCCCUUCCUGCCUUUUCUUCUCCCGUGCUCCG